GUGGUAUUUGAAUGCUUGAUUGCCGCGAAUUUUCGUUGACGAGUUUGCUCUACCACUCAAUUACUUUUAUAGAUUGAGGCGUACGAAGUAGGUGCCGAGUUUGUCAUUGGCCAAAAAGCACGAUGGCGAGCGCCGAUAUUAUUUUUUAUCGCUACGAGAGGUCGCCCUACGCGCGAAGGGUGGAAUGGUAUCUGGCCCUCAGGGGCAUCCCGUACAGAGAAUGUCUUCAGCCCUUGGUUAUGCCGCGACCGGACCUCGCGCGUCUGGGCAUCGCAUACCGGCGCAUCCCCGUGCUGGCAAUCGGCCGUGACGUGUACCUGGACACGCGGCUGCAGCUUCGCAAGCUGGAGGAGCUCGACGACACGGCGGCGCCGAAGCUCGGCGCGGACACGCCCGAGGCCAUGGCACUGGAGAGGCUGCUGUCACUGCUGACGACGGACGGCGGCACGACGUUCAGCGGCAUGACGUCGGUGCUGCCCACCGACAUGCCGCUGCUGCAGGACGAGGCCUUUUUGCGGGACAGGGCGGACUUUCUCGGCUUCGAGCUCAGGCCCGGGACGAUGCGGCAGGCUCGGCCAGAGGCGCUGCGGGAGAUGGCGGGCGUUUUUGCGCUGCUGGAGACGACGUUGCUCGCGGACGGGAGGGACUGGGUCCUGGGCACGGCGCGGGCGGGCCUGGCGGACAUUGAGGCCAUCUGGCGGCUGCACUGGAUCGCCAAUAUACCGGGGGCGCUGCCGGAGAGGUUCUUUUCGGCGGCGGUGUAUCCCAAGGUAUACGCCUGGAUGGGGCGCUUCGACGAGGCGGUCGCGGCGGCGCGGGCAGCGCAGCAGCAGAAGUCGCGCGUGGUAUCGGGCGACCAGGCGGCGAGGGCGAUCCUAUCCUCGGCGCUGCACGACGAGGGUUUGCUCGACGUCGAUGCGGAGGACCACACCGUCGCGGCGGAGGGACUCGCGCGAGGCGACCUGGUGACGGUGUGGCCGACGGACACGGGCGCGUCGGGCAGAGACCGCGGAAGGUUGGUAGCGAUGAACAAGGACGAGGUCGUGUUUGAGACGGAGGCAGAGGAGGAUGGCGGCAGUGGCGGCAACAGGACGGUGAGGGUACACGCCCCGAGGCAUGGGUUCAAGGUGAAGAAGGGGGACGUUGGCGCACUGCUAACUUAGGGGCCUUGGUAGUACCUACCUUGAGAAGGCUUUUCGUGCAAUGCAAAAGACAAGCAUAUGUCUAUCCCAAAUCACAAAAAAACACAAGUUACGAGAACAUGCGAGGGUAUCAUAUCAUCCUUAUCUCGCCUCGAGGGAUAGCCUGCAGACAGGGCGACAGGGGCGGGCGCAAAGGCGUA